UUGGUAUAGGCUGUUUGUUGCCACAGUUUUUUCUUUCAUGCUUUCUCGUUCGUAUAACUAAAACCCCAACCUCCUCCCAAAAACCCUUCGUAAUUCCCAAACCUUCAGGAAACCCCAAAAUGAGCGCCUCUUUCUUGAGGAAAUCUAGCAUCCACCGGCUAUUACGCAGCCACACGAUCACUGACAUCGCCGGAGUAGACCCAACUACAACGGCGGCGACGGCAAUUCAUUCAAUUUUCAAACACCAAACUACACAGUCCAGAGCUUUCUUUCGUUUCUCACAAAUUUUUAGGAAAACUAGAGAGUAUAAUGACCUAUCUCCUUCGUUUUUCACCUCUGCAUUAUCUUCCGGUUCUUCUUCAUCGAAUGUAACGGCGUCUUUCGUCGGAUGGUACUUGGCUAUGGUAAAGUCAAGGCCCAUUUUGACAAAAAGUGUCACUUCAUCGCUUAUCUAUGUUGCCGCCGACUUGUCUUCUCAGACAAUUGUAAAGCCAGAUUCAGAAACUUAUGAUUUGGUGAGGACACUGCGCAUGGCAGGAUACGGAAUGGUGAUUUUAGGGCCAUCACUGCAUUUUUGGUUCAACUUUGUAUCAAAACAAUUCCCCAAGCGAGAUUUAAUCACAACAUUUAAGAAAAUUAUCUUGGGGCAGACUCUUUAUGGACCAGCCAUGACUGUUCUUUUCUUCUCUUUGAAUGCACGCCUGCAGGGUGAGAAUAAUCAGGAGAUUGUUGCCCGAUUAAAUCGGGAUUUACUGCCUACAAUGAUGAAUGGUGUCAUGUAUUGGCCUGUAUGUGAUUUUAUCACAUUCAAAUUCAUCCCUGUCCAUUUACAGCCACUGGUGAGCAAUUCAUUUUCAUAUCUAUGGACUGUAUAUAUGACAUAUAUGGCAAGUCUGGAGAAAGCGAAUACCUAAAUCAACUGGUGAAGUCAUUUUAACCAAAACCCUUGAAUGCUGUUUUGCUAAAAUGAUUUAUUUUCAUCGACAAUGGGUUGAUGGAUUAAUUCAACUGAGUUCAUUCUCUCUGAUGCAGCUGAGCAACAAUCAUCAUGUUUGAUGAUAUAUACCCAUGAUGGUUUUAACGAAAGUUGUGUAAGUGAAUGAACUUUGUAUUCUGUAGAGCAAUAGCUUAAUAUCAUUGGAGACCUUUUACUUUGUAAACCAGUUGCCUCUAUAUUCUUUUAUACUCCGAUUUCCAAUAUUUUUUGAGUAAUUGAAUGUGAAAUUUGAUUAUGUCCAA